UAUCGAUAGAUAGACAUUGGGCUAGUUCGAACCAUCGAUAUAUUAGCACAUGAGAAACAUCGGCAUUUUAAAUGUGUGGACACACUGCAUGCAAAUAAUUGACAUCCCUAUGCACUGAACGUGAAAGCCAACAAAAACAACAAACACAAUUCGGUGGCGCAAACUUAAUAUAUAUAUAUAUAUAUACACAUAUAUAUAUAUAUGAUCAGAAGUCGUGGUGUACACUGUACACUCAAUGAAAAGCGCCGCCAUAACACUGGACAACUAUAAUGAUGCCAACGAGGAUGCAUUGCUGAACGAGGUGUCCGCUAUCCGCAGUGGCAACAUCAACCACAACAACAACGGCAACGGCAACUAUGGAAUCCCAAAUAACAUUAACAAUCAUAGGGAAACAACGUUGUGGUCAAAAGCACACGAUAUGCAGGCGUCGUCAGUUAAUGCCAAUGCAAAUCCCGUGCUGCGUAAUAUAAACAAUGAUAUGACAAAGGGGAUUUCACGUAAAUCGCAUCAAUGCAAGAUGCAAUUCACGGCAAGUGAUCGUGAUGCCAAGCUGGCGUCGGAUGACCUGCGCAUGUCCAAAAUCAUGCGACGUCUGCACAAUGAAACAAGUCCCACGGCAGCCCUCGAACUUUGCGCCAAACUGGAAAUGGCGGUGAGAACUCCGAUUAAUAUGGGAUACUUGACACGAUCAUUUGAUGUUAUACUGGAUAGCAUGUUGUCGGUGCUGAAACAAUGCCCGACUCCGGUUCUCGAUGAAUGCAGUAAAACGCUUGGACUGAUUGCCUACAUCAAUCGCAUGUCUUAUCCCAUCUAUGAGGAGUUCAUUAUCAAGAACUAUCGCCAGAAUAAACGUCUGCAAAAGUAUUUAAUUAUUGCCUUGUGUUCGACAAUAAGUUGCGACACUAAAUGCGAUUUGCAUAUUUAUGCCGAGAAGAUAAUGCUCAUGCUGAAGGACUUCCUGGAGGGAGCCGAGAGCGCCGAUAAUUUUAUGGCUAUUAGCACGUGUAUUGUUCAAUUCUCGUUGAAUUAUCGCGAUGCCUUUGAGCGUCAUUUCACGGAUGUGGUGGACAUCAUUAUUGGCUGGCAGCUGGAGAUCGGACAGCCCAAACAUUUGAAGUCACACUGUGCCUGCGUGCUGGAGCAACUGACGCCGUACUUUAGCAAGCAGUUGGACUUUAGCUACGGCCUCUUGACCCAGUUCAUUGAGGACAUCACAUCGUUGGAUGGCAUGGAACGUACCGGGGAAAGGAUUGGCGCAUUUGUUGGCUCCUUCAAUUCGCUGCUCAAGUGCAUGACACGCAUGCACAUUACAUGCGAGUCCAUUGUAUUCCUUGCCCUCUCGCAUCUCAUUCAAAUGCUGCCCGAGGUUCUAUGUCAAGAGGAUACCAAUAGCGAUGCCCUAAUCAACAUUAAUGAGCUCUUUUGCAUUUGUCUGCUCAACGGUUACAGUUCACCCGAUGCCACAGCUGUCGCCCAAGUGCUGCACCUGGAGUUUGAGCAUGUGCAUCAACUGCAGGAGCCACAACAACUCAGCUGCUUGUAUUUGUUUUUGUGUGCCGUGCGAAAGUUGCGUGCACGUCUACCCAGCGACCUCGUCCAGCUGAUCUUCCAGGCGGACAACGAACCGCAGUUAUUUCUAGCCAGGAUCAGGCUACAAAGCAAGGGAACAGCACAUAAGCUGCUGCUGCGUACCUGCCAGGAGACGUUGCUGAUUAAGAAUGUGCCGCUGCUGCAGCAAGCGUACAAACAACUCGUCCAGGACAUUGAUGACUGUGUGCAGCAUCUGACUGUGGAGUCAGGAUCACAGGAGAACCUAAGCCAGGCCAGCCUGUUGCUCAUCUUUCAUUUAUCCGCCUUGGCGGCGUUGGCCAAGCAAACAUCCUCCAUCAUUGGCAUGUAUGCCUGCAAGCCAUCGAUUCUGGAGCUGCUCAUCAGCAAUUGUCGCGCCCAGGACUUGAGCAUGUGGUCGAAGCAUGCGGCAACGCAUAAUGCAAUACUCAGCCUGCUUGUGGUGCACUGCCAGGCCAAUCACAACUUUCGCAACAACUCGAGUCUGCUGCGGGAAGUGGACAACAAUGAUGGACACACCAACAGUUGCACAUCGCCGACAGCGCAUAGCUUUGGACACAUACUCAAGUUCCUGGCACAUUGUUUGGGCCAGGCAGCAUUGCUGGCUCCAUUGAAUCUGAAGCUGCUGCUCAACUGGACAAAGUCUGUGCUGGCUGAAUGCGGAACACGUUCCAGUUUGUUGCUGCAACAUGAGGAUUUCCUGCACAUCUGCGAGAGCGUUGCGGGCAUGGCGGCCAAAUGUGCUCCAUUGGAGAGUGCCGGCUGCAUGCAGACGGUGCUGGGCUAUGGAUCAUCUGUGCUGAGCCAGCAACUGUUGCAGCUGUAUCGGGAGACGGCAUUGCAGCAGCUGCAAUCGUUGAGCAACUGCGCCCACUCCGCCUACGCCCAGAUCUUUGCCCAGUUGCCGCUAAACCUGAGCAUUGGCAGGCGUCCCCAUGGCAUUAGCCAUGUCUGCGUCUGGCAACAGCGAUUGAGUCAAUGCAGUGCGGUGCGUGACAAUGUCUUCAAAGAUUUCGUGGAGAUACUCCAGGCACCGGAGCAGCAGCAAUUUGCCGAUUGCCUGCGAGCGUUGUUCAUGCGCAGCUGCCAGGUGACCGCACUGGAUGAACGCCAGGAGAAGUUGUCGCAUUGCACGAGACGCUGUCAGCGUCUAACUGCCGCCUGGUUGCAGUACGAGGCGGCACGUUACUGUGUGGAUCAGAAGCUGCGCACGACACUCGGCAAACCGCAGGAUACGUUUCUCGCCUUCGAGGCAAUUGUCAUGCGCUAUGCGCGCCUCUUGAGCGGCUGUGCCAAGGAGUCGGAGCGUCAAUCCCAGAAUGAAUUAUCCCUACAGCAAUUGUCCAAUACGCGUGCGAAUCUAAAUAUGCUGCUCGGUUUUCUCGAUGCCCUCGAAAAGCUCAUCUACAAUGCCGCCGAGGGCAGCGCGUUUGCCUUGCGUGCUCCCGAGAAGCCUGUGAGCGCCUUCUUUCGCCUCAAUAAUCCCACGUGUCAGUCGUGGUUCAAUCGCAUUCGCAUCGGAGUCGUCAUCAUUGCCAUGCACAGCCAGCAGCCGGAGUUGGUCAUACGCUAUGCCCAGCAAAUCCUGUUGACACAAAAGACGCAAGAUUGCACGUACAGUCAGGCGAUUGUUUACUUGGCCUGGGCAUUCAUCAGUUGUGGUGAGUCGGAUUCCCUGCGUGGUCUGUACAUUUGGUCACGUUCGAAGAGCGACAAAUCGUAUCAGUGGCUGCAACAUGCUGCAGAGCAGGCAGCUGGACGCAAGGAGCAGGCAUUGGCCGGCUACAGAAGCGUGCUGGCUGGAGAGGAGCAACAAUCGGAGCUGGAGCCGCACACUCGACAAUUUGUGCUUGCCCAGCUGACGGAAUGCUUGCAGAGCACAGGACAAUGGACACAGCUGCUGGAGCUGAAAAGCACAGAGGAAACGACGGCACUUAAUCCCUUUCUGCAGAAGAGCAAUGGACAGAUGAGUGGCUUGGAGCAGCUGCUGGCCAAGAGCACGACAUCAGCAUCGGAUGAGCUGAGUGAGGCAUUGCACAAGUUGAGUCUGUGGCCAACUGAAGGUAACGAGCAUGCUAGUUUUGCGGCCAGCUAUGUGCUCGGGAAACUGGAGAACAUUGUGCUGCAGCAGGCGAUGCAGGAGAGCGGAAACUUGGAGUUGUCAUCGUCGGUGCAGCAAUUGCUGGACAUGAAUUGGCGUGAGGCAUUGCUGAACUCCAGCUGCGAUCAGAAGCAUUGGCAGCAUUUGAUGCUGUUGAAGCAUGUGGCACACAAGCUGAGCAGCUGCCCCAUGGAGCAGCUCUGUCUGCUGCCCAUGUGCAGCGAGAGCAGUAAGGAGAACAACAGGAGCAGCAUCAACAGCACCUUGCUGCUACGUUGUGUGGCAUGGACACAGUUGUUGCAGCGCCAAUGCACCAGCUCUGGCGAGAGUCGCGAUUCCGAUCUCGGCCAGCUGUAUCUGGACACGGCAAUGGUGGCACGCGAGGAGGGCAAUCAACAGACCUGCCAGUCCAUGCUGGAGCUCUACUUUGGCCAAUCCCUGCCAGACAUGGCAUGUCAGCUGCUCAAUCAGCAGCUGGACACGGAGAAUGUGCAACUGUUGAGGGGCUACAGCGAGCUGGCCAAGUGCCUCCAUCUGCAGCAGCAGCAGCAGCAACAACAACAGCAGCUGCAGUGCAGCGAACUGAGCUCCGUCAAUGUGUGUGCUGCCCUGUGUCUAUCCAUACAGCGGCAACAAGAGGCGUCCAGCAUUGGAGCCGAGUUGCUCUUGACUCUCUCCGACUGGAUAACGGCGAGAAGUUGCUGCGGCCUGGCCACAAAUCUGUCGCCAACGUUGCAACAGCUGUUGGAACAGCUGCCGGAGUGCUCCUUGACACGGUGCCCGGCACAACCGAUGGCCCUGCCACAUGGUGAACGUCUCGUGGCACGCCUGAUCAAUGCCAGCUUGCAACAGCGUCCGGAUAACGCGGAUGCCUUGAUUGCCUAUGGCAAUUGGUGCUAUCGCUGGGGCAAGAAGAUUGUCGACAGCGGUUGUGUGCUAACCCAAACGGAUGUGGCUGCCAUUGGUCAGGCAUUGGGUGGCAAGUCGUCGCUGGAUGGCGAGACGUUGCAGGAACUGCUGCAAGCGCUGCGCAUGGAGCAGCAGUCGGGCAACCUUUGUGAGGAGGAGGCGGAGGUGGAGGAGACGGUGGCGGUGGCAGUGCCGGACGAGUUGCCCAUUGCGGAUGCACAAUGUGAGCUACGGCUGCGUAGAUUAAGCUUUCUGGCUGACAAACCCGCCAGUGUGCUGGAGGGGAUCAUGCGGAUCUGGCGACGUGCCAUUGCCAAUACCUUUGAUUACUACAAGGAGGCGGCACGUGCCUACUUUCAUUAUCUGAGCCUAAAGGCCGGCAGCGAGCAGAGCACACAGCAAGAGCGUUUCCAUGUGGAUGACAGCAACAUGGUGACGACCACACUGCGUCUACUCCGCUUGAUUGUGAAGCAUGCCAGCGGCUUGCAGGAGGUGUUGGAGCAGGGCCUAAAGACGACGCCCAUUGGACCAUGGAAGGUCAUCAUACCGCAGCUCUUCAGUCGCCUCAAUCACCACGAGCCGUAUGUGCGGAAGAGUGUCUGUGCCCUGCUCUGUCGCCUGGCCGAGAGUUGUCCACAGCUGGUCACGUUUCCCGCUGUCGUGGGGGCUAAUCGUGAACUCCAGGUGGCUCCACUGACGCCAACGACCGCACCCACCGAGAUCACAUCCACAAUGUUGAACAACAGCAGCUGCUAUGCCUGUCUCCUGGGUGCACUGUCCAAGCAAUCGCCGGAGGUGGUGCAGCAUGUCCAGCUGCUGGUGAGGGAGCUGCGUCGUGUGUGCCUGCUGUGGGAUGAGUAUUGGAUCCACUCCCUGGCGCACAUCUACAACAGCUAUGUGGGUCGUGUGAAUGCGCUGGCCAGCGAAUUCAAGCCGGAUGAUCAUGAGGGGAAGCAGAAUCGUUUCAAUAGCUGGCGUCCACAGUUGCUCAGCGAUUUGGAGGCCUUGAUGGCCUUCACUGCCCGUGAGCCGGAGACGAGCUAUGAGCGUAGCUUUAAGCGACGCUUUGAUGCGCCCAUCAAGUCCACCGUGGAGGCACUGCGUCAACGACCCUAUCCGGAGGCCUGGGAUAAACUGAAGCAGCUCUAUCAUGUGCUACAGCUGAAUAUGCUGCGUGGCACGAGCACCACUCUCAAGAUGCAGAGCAUCAGUCCAGUGCUUUGCGAAAUCGGACGCAUGCGCAUCUCGAUGCCUGGCCUGGAUGCCCAUGAUGAACAGCAGCCGGUGUACAUUGAGAGUGUGGAGAGUACGGUGUGCAUUCUGCCAACGAAAACGAAGCCCAAGAAGGUCGCCUUCUAUGGCAACAACGGUCAGAAGUAUACGUUCCUCUUCAAGGGAUUGGAGGAUCUGCAUCUCGAUGAGCGCAUCAUGCAGUUUCUGUCCAUCUCGAAUGCCAUAAUGGCGUGUAAGAGUGACACGCCUCAAAGCUGCUAUCGUGCCCAUCAUUACUCGGUCAUACCGCUGGGUCCUCAGUCGGGUCUAAUCAGCUGGGUGGACGGGGUCACGCCCCUUUUCGCCCUCUACAAGAAGUGGCAACAACGUCAGCCGCAGCCGGCCACGUCUGCCUCAUCGCGCCGCCUCACCGAUCUCUUCUACAACAAGUUAUCCCCGUUGCUGGCCAAGCACAAUAUGCUCGUGACCGAUCCACGUCGCCAGUGGCCAAUCUCCGCCUUGCGUCAAGUUCUUGCCGAGCUCACACAGGAAACUCCCGGAGAUCUGCUUGCCCGCGAGCUCUGGUGCCAGGCUGGCAACUCCGCCGAGUGGCGUCAGUCGGUUCGACGAUAUACCACAUGCAUGGCGGUCAUGUCGGUCAUUGGUUAUGUCAUCGGACUGGGCGAUCGUCAUCUGGACAAUGUGCUCAUCAAUCUCAGCAGCGGCGAUAUCGUUCACAUCGACUACAAUGUCUGCUUCGAAAAAGGACGCAGUCUUCGCAUUCCCGAACGCGUCCCCUUCCGCCUGACCCAGAACAUGGUCCAUGCCUUGGGCAUAACCGGUGUCGAGGGCGCCUUUCGUCUCGGCUGUGAAUAUGUUCUCAAGGUGAUGCGUAAGGAGCGUGAAACAUUGCUCACCCUCUUGGAGGCCUUCGUGUAUGAUCCCCUGGUCGACUGGACGGUUAAUGAUGAUGCCACAGCAUUGCGUCGGGCAAUUAAUGCAAAGCCAUCUGCCUCAGCAUCUGCCUCCAAUGAGAUCAAGUGCCAUAAAAAGGACAAAUCAAAGAAUAAACUACAGGAUUGGGAUGCCAAGAGGCGACACUUUGUGGGCAAAUUGAAGCAAUGCCAGAAGUUUUGGUCGAAAUAUAAACCGGAAAUGCUGACCCAACUGUCGGAUAUGUCGCGAGAGAUUGAGAAGUUGCAACAGAUUCAAGCACAACGUCUGACCACCGAACAGGAGCUGGUGAAUCUGAAUCAACGAAGUGCACUGAUAGCCGAGAUCAAUUCAUUGGGAUCGGCAAUCGAGAGUCACAGCUUCAAUACGGCCUCACCGCGUUAUGCCUCCAAGAGACGCCACACGGAGGCAUUGGCGGGGCAGGCAACAAUGCGGCAAGUGGACUACGAGAUGGUGCAAUGCCUGCUGUCUCGAUAUGACAAGUGUCUGCAGCAACAGCAGCUGGCAGAGUUCAAUGUGAGGUUGAUUCAAUUCAAGCUCGAGGGCAGCAGUUGGCACAAUGAAUAUCUGGCCUUGGUCGAUGUCCUGCAAUUGCAUCUGCCGGCCAAGACUCUGGAGGGAUACGACAGCACGCGCAGUCAAAUUGAUGAGCUGUUUGGACGUCUCAAUGAUCUGGGAUUGCAGUGUGUGGAGCACAUGCUGCAAUAUGCGGCCAUAAUGUCAUAUUAUCCGGAGCAGCGUCAUCGGGAUAAUGUCUAUGUGAGGUUCCACGACAGCUAUGCUGGAUAUCUACAGAAUAUGGACACUAGCAGUUCCUUGAGCUUGACUUCCAUCAAUAAAGAUUGUAAACUGCGUGCAGCCGAGACCUUGGAAUCCGUCUGGAUGGAUCUCAACUGUCAGCUGCAUCAAUUGACUCAACACUUUGCCAACGAUCAGGCCUUGGCCCAAUCCCAUUCUCCCUCGCACUCCCUGCUCGCCGCCAUCGGGCAGAGCAACUGCAGCCAAUCCCAGCUCACUGCCGCCCUUAUUCGCACCCUAGACGGAGCAACCAGUGUCUUCGGCGGCUACGAACAGUCCGCUUUGCAGGCACAGAACCCAAAGUUAAGUCAACAACAAUUGCAAUUCAUUGAACUCGUUCGCUCCAUGUGCCAAGGUGUUGUUGAGCCCCUGGAGCAGGCCAAUAAUCAACUGACACAGCUACAGGAUGCCUUAACUGCUCUUGUCCAGCUGCAGCAUUGCUUUGAGCUUGAAUUGCCCGCCACCAUCUUCCGCCUGCUGCUUCUCGGUCCCAACUUGGAUCACUUGCAGGCACUGCUCCAACUGAGCGCGGAAUCACUGGGAGAUCGAUACAAGCAGUUUGUAAUUAAGCAACAGGAUCAACAGCAGACAACGCCGCUGUCUGUGGAGCAACAGUUUCUGUUAUCCUUGCAAACGGCCUAUGGACAAUUUGAUCAACUCGUCCGGGCUCUGGAGAAGAUUACGCGCAUCAUCAAGGUGAUCAUAGAUGACGAUCCUGAUCAGUCUCAACAAUGCAUGGACUUGAACAUACUGAAGAUGAGCAGGACGCCGCUGAGCGAGAGACAGUUCUUCGAGCUUGUGCUGCAGACGUUGAGGGAGAGCAGAAGCUACGAUGUGCGUCUGAUGGCCAUCCCAGUGCAGGGACUUGUGCAGCGCCUGCAGUCGGACUACAUGGUUGGACUUGUGUCCUUGAUAUCGUUUGCUUACUACACGGGAUGCGGGUUACGCUGUCAGGAUCUGGGAGGCGGUGAGGAUGUGAGUCAACUGUUCGAUGGACUCUUUGCGGCAUUGCAAUCGGAGGCGUCUCUACAGCAGCAACAGUUUGAGAUUGCGUUCCUCACGCAAAAGAUUGAGACACAAACGUUGAUUGCAUCGGCUCAUCAUUGGGCCUAUGGGGAGCUGUUGGACACGGAUUUGCCCUGUGGUCACAUUAUCAGCCGACAGAAGCUCUGCGAAGCGAUCUAUGAGAACUGGCAGACGCUGGACAAGAGCUCCGAGGCGAUGCAACAGUUGCAGCGUCAACUGGAGUCCAAGCUGGAGCAGCUGCAGAGCCAACGCAGCAGUUGGAAUCGCAAUCACAUCGACAGUCUGCUGAGGAACGAGCAACUGCAGCGUCAAUUGACCAGCGAUCAAUUGGAGCUCAUCACUGAGCUGAGCAAAUGCGCCAACGCACUCUGCAGCAUCGAGCAGACGGGUAUGAACAGCCAGGAGCAGCACAAACAGUUGCUCAUCAAUAUGGACCAAUGGAUGGAAGCCCAUUCCCAGUGGCAGGCGAGCAAUGCUCGCAUCAGCGCCGUGGAGCAGGCAAUUGUCCAGCUGCUCGAUCCCGAAGGUGCCAUCGAUCAAUGCUGGCUGACGAAUGUACAAGGAUUGCUCGAGGAUUACACCUGCAAGGUGCAGCGAGAGAUAUCGACGCUGGAGUGCGAGCAGCAAACCCAUCACAGAUUCAUCUGCAGCAUGCUCAAGGAUAUGCAGCGUCAACAGGACAACAUGCCGCGUGUUUAUUUGCGCUCCCUCUGUGCCGAGCAGGAGGAUCAGCAGCAGGAUCAGGGUAAACUGGUGCCAUUGGAUGUGCAGCUGCUCUGUGGCCAUGUGCGUGACUCGCAGCGCACCUUGAUGAACUUCUUCCAGCGUCUGCUGGACAUGCGCAAGGAGCUGAGCAGCGAGCGACGUGCUCUGCAUCCCGAGAUGCUCGCCAAUUGGCAAGAGCAGCUGCAACAGAUUCAGAAAAUUGCCAACCAUGAUGUGGAUGAAUUCUUUCGCAGCGUCGAGGAGUUUCUACAGCAUUCAGCGGACAGUGAUUCGCUGCCCUACGAAACGUUUGCUCACAGCAAAGGUGCUCCCAAUCUGCACGAGCAGAAACGCAAUGCUUAUGGCGUCUCCGUGUGGAAGAAGAUACGCAUGAAAUUGGAGGGACGCGAUCCGGAUAGCAAUCAACGUUGCACCGUUGCCGAGCAGGUUGACUAUGUUAUACGCGAGGCAACCAAUCCGGACAAUUUGGCCGUACUCUAUGAAGGCUGGACGCCGUGGGUCUAAGACGGAACAGACGGUGCCAUUGUGCACAUUGGCAAAACAAAAAAAAGAAAAGGGCAUAGAAAUCCGCAUACAUCGAUCAUUAUGAUGGGGUUAAUUAAAGUGGAUAUCGACUUGGACUAAUUUGCCAUAUAUGUAUAUGUAUGUGGCAAGUCCUCGCCGCGGGAUGGCAACCCGCAUUCCCCCCCACUUACAACCCGCCCCAAAGUAUAGUUGAUUUAAAGACGACAAAACAAAAAAAUAGGAAUUGAAUAUGGAAAGACACAAAGACAAUAUCGUUUCGGUUGCUUUCGAGCUCAAGCAUGAGAGAUGUCAAUGCGUCACGCCCACAACCAUGCCCACAUUUAAUGUAUAUAUGUAUAUGUGUAUGUGUGGGUGUGUGUAUGUGUUGUGGGUGUGUGCGUGUGUGUGUGUUUGUGGAUUGCGUUGUGUGGAAGUGUGCUUCGUCUGCUGCCAACAACGCCUGCUGCACAUGAGGGAAAUGUUAGUUAAAAUCAAAAGAAAUUUAUCAAAGAUAGCAAUUCAACAGGCCUUGGAACAGUUUUAACAGCUUCACGUUACAAAUUUUUAAUUUAUUGUAAUCGAAAAUAUCUUUGUAUCCUUUGUAAUUUUCACUUUUCCAAAAACAAUGAAAAGAAAACAAAAAUGUUGAUGAUAAACAAAAGUCGACCAUCUCCUCCUCAUUUUGUAAUUCGUAUUAAUUUUAAGUUCAAAAUUCUUUUCAUUUAAUUUACAAAUUAUUUGUUAAUAACCAACAAAAAAAAACCCAACCUCUACAUACACAUGUAUAUCCCCUAGACCUACAUAUUAUUAUUAUAUAAUUAAUUAAUCGAUUCACACCCAAAGCGUUAUAUCCAUGAAACAGUCAUUGCAAAAAUGUGCCUUGGGAUUUGAUACGUUAAUUUUACAGCCUUUUAUCAUGGUUUUUUUUUUUUAAUAUUUGUUUUUAAUUUUUUUGCGGUGAUUAAAUGCGAUCUUCAUUUACGAGUAAUAAA